AUGGCAUCGGACAAGUCAACCAGUCCGUCCAAGGGAAAGACGAGCGUUGAAAUGCCUGUGCAAGUACAAGCACAGAGCCCGGCCUAUGAUAUCGACUAUGAGAAACAUGGCGCCCAGCGCGAGGCAAACCCGCUGCCGGAUCUCAAGCGGAAGCUGAAGAGCAGACAUCUACAGAUGAUUGCAAUUGGCGGCACGAUAGGAACCGGAUUGUUCAUUGGUAGCGGCACCGCCAUUGCUCAUGGAGGCCCCGUGGGUGCUCUCAUCGCUUAUGUCUUCGUCGGAACGAUCGUUUACUCGGUCAUGACCGCUCUCGGAGAGAUUGCAACAUAUAUUCCGAUUCCCGGCGCCUUCACCUCAUACGCUGCUCGCCUGAUUGACCCUAGUCUGGGCUUUGCUAUGGGUUGGAUCUAUUGGUUCUCAUGGGCAUCGACAUUCGCACUGGAGUUGACUGCAACUGGUUUGAUCAUCCAGUUCUGGGACAGCAGUAUUCCGAUCUCUAUCUUCAUCGCCGUCUUCUGGGUCGUCAUUAUCGUUUUCAAUAUGAUGCCCGUGGCCUUUUAUGGUGAAAUCGAGUUUUGGUUUGCAAGUAUCAAGGUCAUUACCGUGAUUGGCUUCAUGAUCUUCUCAGUUUGCAUGAAUGCUGGUGUUGGUAAGGAAGGGUAUAUCGGUUUCCGGUACUGGGUGGACCCCGGUCCGUUCGUCCCCUAUUUGAUCGAAGGAAACGAUUCGUUGGCCAAGUUUGUUGGAUUCUGGUCGACUCUUAUUCAAGCCGGAUUUUCCUACCAGGGAACUGAACUGGUUGGUAUUGCCGCCGGUGAGACGGAGAACCCUCGCAAGACUGUCCCAUCUGCAAUCCGCAAGACCUUUUUCCGUAUCGUCUUCUUCUUCAUCCUGACGAUCUUUUUCCUCGGAAUUGUCGUACCUUCUAGCGACCCUGGUCUACUGGCUAGCCAGGGAGAUGGUGCUUCUGCUCAGAACGCUAAUGCUUCGCCGUUCGUCAUUGCCGCCAACCGUGCCGGUGUCAUGGCCCUCCCGGGUAUCAUCAACGCCGUUCUUCUGACCGUGGUACUUUCGGCAGCCAAUUCCAAUGUCUACAGCGGGAGCCGUAUCCUGGUCGGUCUGGCCCAGGAAGGUUUUGCCCCUCAUUGGUUCAAGAUUACCAGCAAGCGUGGUGUGCCUUACUACAGUGUGCUCUUCACGGCGGCCUUUGGUCUGCUCGGUUUCUUGAACGUCUCUGAUGCAGGCAGCACUGUGUUCACUUGGUUGCUCCAGAUCUCCGGUGUGGCUGGUUUCAUCACCUGGAGUUCGCUGAAUGCCUGCCACCUCGCCUUCCAGCGGGCGCUCCGGGCUCGCAACAUCUCUCGGGAUAUCUUGCCCUACAAGGCCCUCUGGCAACCCUGGUUUUCGUGGUAUGGCCUUUUUUUCAAUAUUCUGAUUAUCCUCACCCAGGGAUUCACUGCCUUCAUCCCACACUUCCAAGUCAAGGAGUUCUUUAUCAAUUACCUGAGUUUAAUUUUGUUUGUGGUGUUGUAUGCGGGACACAAAAUCAUCUACCGCCCCGCCUUUGUCAAGCCUAUUGAGGCCGACCUGGAUACUGGCCGUACCACUGCCGACAACGAGACAUGGGAAACUAUUGAACCAACUACAUGGUAUGGCAAGACAUGGAAGUGGAUUUGCGGUGCAUACAUGUUCUUCUCACAACCUCCCCAUUUGGCUAAGGCCGAGGAGCUUAAGAAAGCACCUCCAAAGGGAGUAGCUUACUCUGUGGCCAUUCCUGGCACUGAACAACCCGGCCGCAGUCGGGUAUACAGAGCAUGGAAUGCGCAGAAGGAACUUUUGACGACACUGGAUCCCAAGGUCACCACGGCCCAUGAUAUGUUUGAAUCGACCGCCAAUCGCCAGCCCAAGAACCACUGCCUUGGUUGGCGCCCGUAUAACUCCACGACCAAGUCCUUCGAUCCAUACCAGUGGCUUAGUUAUGAGACUGUGCAGAAGAGACGCGCCGCACUCGGUGCUGGUCUGGUAGAGCUGCACCACAAGCACGACUGCCAUCGCCCCGGCCAGUAUGGUAUUGGUCUCUGGGCUCAGAACCGACCGGAGUGGCAGAUCACUGAUCUGGCUUGCAUUUCCCAAUCUCUUUACUCCGUCUCGAUCUACGACGUCCUUGCCCCGGACGCUACCGAAUAUAUUAUCAACCACGCUGAGCUGCACUGUGUUGUCACCUCUCUACCCCAUAUCCCGACUCUGAUCAAGCUCAAGGCUUCUCUUCCGAACUUGAAGAUCAUUGUCAGUUUGGAUCCAUUGGAUGCAGGUGAGCAGGACAGUCUCACCAAGCGUGCCCUUCUUGAGUCCAUGGCCGCCGAUCAGGGCUUGGCGAUCUACACUAUAGAUCAGGUUGAGGAGCUGGGUUUGGCCUCGAAGCGCGGAUACAAUGCUCCUUCUGCCUCGGACAUUGUCACUAUCAACUACACCUCCGGCACGACCGGUCCCCCCAAGGGUGUUGUUCUGACGCACGGCAACGCCGUGGCUGCCACGUCCUGCGGUCUGAUCACUAUUGCCCAAGCCCGAGGUGAUACGAUAGCUUCUUAUCUGCCGCUGGCCCAUAUCUAUGCUCGUCUGGCAGAGCACACUGCUUUCUGGGGUGGUGCAAAGAUUGGUUAUUUCCACGGAAACAUCGUGGAGUUGGUCGACGAUUUGAAAUUGCUGAAGCCCACUGGGUUCAUGUCCGUUCCUCGUCUUUACAGUCGAUUUGGUAGCGCAAUCCGUUCCGCGACAGUUGAGCAGCCUGGCUUCAAGGGCACUCUUUCGCGACAUAUCAUUGCGACCAAAACUGCGAACAUGAAGAAUCCUGAUCCCUCCAAGGCGACGGUCAGACACGCUUUGUACGAUCGUAUCUGGGCUAAGAAGGUAUCUGCCGCUCUUGGUCUGGAGCGAGCCCGGUACAUGGUGUCUGGCUCCGCGCCCUUGGAUCCGACCCUACACAACUUCCUACGUGUCGCCACCGGCACCGAUAUCCUUCAGGGUUACGGUCUGACCGAGUCGUACGCCUCGGCCACUGCCCAGUCGAUUCACGAUCUGUCUGCCGGCAAUUGUGGUAGUCUCGCGCCCUGCGUCGAAGCAUGCCUGGCCUCCCUGCCAGACAUGGAAUACUCCGUGGACGACAAGCCGUUCCCUCGCGGUGAGCUCCUGCUGCGCGGCAACAACAUGUUCCGCGAGUACUACAAGAACGAGGAAGAGACCCGCAAUGCUGUCACUGAGGAUGGCUGGUUCCGCACUGGCGAUGUCUGCACAAUCGACGAAAAGGGCCGCUUUAUCAUCAUUGACCGCCGCAAGAACGUGCUCAAGCUCGCCCAGGGCGAGUACAUCUCCCCCGAGCGUCUGGAGGGUGUCGUCCUUGCCGAGCUCGGCUACAUCGCCCAGGCUUAUAUCCACGGUGAUAGCAUGCAGACCUUCCUGGUUGGCAUCUUCGGUGUCGCGCCUGACCUCUUCGCUCCGUAUGCCAGCAAGGUUCUGGGCAAGACCAUUGAGCCGACUGCGGCAGCGGUCAAGGAAUAUCUGGGCGAUGACAAACUCCGCCGUGCUGUGCUCGCUGACCUUGAGCGCGUCGCCAAGAAGCACAAGUUCGCUGGCUAUGAAAGAGUCCGCAACGUCUCUCUCAAGGUGGAACCAUUCACCGUUGAGAACAACCUGCUGACCCCGACUCUCAAGCUCAAGCGUCCUCCUGUUGUCAAGGUGUACCGUUCCCUUUUGGAUCAGCUCUAUGAGCAGGCUACUGAGGAGAUGUCUGCUCCCAGGGCUAAGCUGUAG